UGAAGAUUGUUCUUCAAGGUUAUCCUAGGCAGAAACAUUUGCUGGACUUCAUCUUCAAAAAGCAAAAAGCUUGUCUGGAGGGCUUCACUGGUAGAACACCAGCUGAGCUGGUGUGCUGGAAAUUGAACCCCAAUAUGGCAAAAAAGAAAAAAGCCAGCUCUGGUGUCGUAUAGUCUGGGUUCACAUCUUGCCUGCAUCCCCUAUUGGCUAUGUUGAAACUUAUCAAGCUGCUUAGUCUCUAUGAGACUCAGAUUUCCUGUCUGUGAAAUGGAGUUAAUAGUCCCCUUAGAGGGUUGUGAAGAUGAGAUUGACAGAGGUAGGCACUGCGAACAGUUCUUGGCUUAUCUUGGGUACUGAGUUUCUUUUCUACUUUCAUAUUCCAUUUGUUUCACUUUCUCUGUCUAUUUUCAAAAAUAAUUUUAUAUUAUAUACUUCAUGUAUUCUACCUAAAAUAUUUCUUGGAACAAAUCAGAGUAAGAAUACAUAAGUGUUGGUUUCUUGGCACAUUGUAUUUUACAUAAAGUAUAGCAAUUAAAAUAUUCACAGUGGCUUUGACAUAACUCUUUCUGAAAUUACAGGGAUUCGGGUACUUUCAUUCUCUUUUCUUUUCAGAUCAAACACACAUCAGUGAAUACAUUUUCUGUACUAUUUGUAUAAGUGUGACAGAGGUUUUCUUAAGACACAUCUUAGUGUAAUCUCUUGAGUUAAAAGUUUCACUAUCAUUUGAAAUGUCUCAAGACCAGAGCAAUGCAUUCAUUUACAACUUUUAAAUAAAUAAGAGCCAGACUUUUAUUUGCAGUCAGGCCCCUUGAAGACAUUUACAAAGAAUUAGUUGUUUGUUAUUGCUAUGUGAGUUGCAAGAAUGGAACAUAAAAAAAAAAGAAAUUCUUUCUUCAAUACUUCCUUCCAGGCUGAGUCAUCACUAGAGAGCGGGAAGGGCAGCAGCAGAGAAUUCAAACCCCAAAGCUGAUUUCUCCUGGUUGGGGCUCAGAGGGGAGCCAUCAUGAGCGAUGUUACCAUUGUGAAAGAAGGUUGGGUUCAGAAGAGGGGAGAAUAUAUAAAAAACUGGAGGCCGCGAUAUUUCCUCUUGAAGACAGACGGCUCAUUCAUAGGAUAUAAGGAGAAACCUCAGGAUGCGGACUUACCCUAUCCCCUCAACAACUUUUCAGUGGCAAAAUGCCAGUUAAUGAAAACAGAAAGACCAAAGCCAAACACAUUUAUAAUCAGAUGUCUACAGUGGACCACUGUUAUAGAGCGAACAUUUCAUGUCGAUACUCCAGAGGAAAGGGAAGAAUGGACAGAAGCUAUCCAGGCUGUGGCAGACAGACUGCAGAGGCAAGAAGAGGAGAGAAUGAAUUGUAGUCCAACUUCCCAGAUUGACAAUAUAGGAGAGGAAGAGAUGGAUGCUUCUACAACCCACCACAAAAGAAAGACAAUGAAUGAUUUUGACUAUUUGAAACUACUAGGUAAAGGCACUUUUGGGAAAGUAAUUUUGGUUCGUGAGAAAGCAAGUGGCAAAUAUUAUGCUAUGAAGAUUCUGAAGAAAGAAGUCAUAAUUGCAAAGGAUGAAGUGGCACAUACUCUAACUGAAAGCAGAGUAUUAAAGAACACCAGGCAUCCAUUUUUAACCCUGUUUUUCCAUUUGUCGAGAGAGCGAGUGUUCUCUGAGGACCGCACACGUUUCUAUGGUGCAGAAAUUGUCUCUGCCUUGGACUAUCUACAUUCUGGAAAGAUUGUGUACCGCGAUCUCAAGUUGGAGAAUUUGAUGCUGGAUAAAGAUGGCCAUAUAAAAAUUACAGAUUUUGGACUUUGCAAAGAAGGGAUCACAGAUGCAGCCACCAUGAAGACAUUCUGUGGCACACCGGAGUACCUAGCACCAGAGGUGUUGGAAGAUAACGACUAUGGCAGAGCAGUGGACUGGUGGGGCCUGGGUGUUGUCAUGUAUGAAAUGAUGUGUGGAAGGUUGCCUUUCUACAACCAGGAUCAUGAGAAACUUUUUGAACUAAUACUUAUGGAGGACAUAAAAUUUCCUCGAACACUCUCCUCAGAUGCAAAAUCAUUGCUUUCAGGGCUCUUGAUAAAGGAUCCAAAUAAACGCCUCGGUGGAGGACCAGAGGAUGCAAAAGAAAUCAUGAGACACAGUUUUUUUUCCGGAGUCAACUGGCAGGAUGUGUAUGACAAAAAGCUCGUGCCUCCCUUCAAGCCUCAGGUGACCUCAGAGACGGACACCAGGUGUUUCGACGAGGAGUUCACAGCCCAGACCAUCACCAUCACGCCGCCCGAGAGAUAUGACGAGGACGGCAUGGACGGCGUGGACAGCGAGCGGCGGCCGCACUUCCCGCAGUUCUCCUACUCGGCCAGCGGCCGGGAGUAGCCGGCCUCGCCUCGCCGCCGCGCCCGCCGCCCCUCCGCGCGUCACUGGAAAGGAUUCCUGGACCUGGCCGGCAGCGCGCC